AUGGCUGACUCCAAGCCUGCGGUUGCUACCUCCAGUCCAUACAGUGAUACUAAUCCUGACUUUUCACAAAACCCAUCUAAUGGUAAUUUUAUUGACAUGGAACGAUACAAAGAGACCGUCCCGCUCUGGAAGCGAGUAUGGCAGCACAGUUUGACACAAAUGAUGCUUCUGAGCGUCCAAGCCUUCUGUGGGCCAGCCAUGUCUGACGCAAUUACCGGGCUCGGUGGUGGUGGUCUCGCAACUCCUCAGGUAUCGAAUAUUUGUACUGCAAUUACAUAUGCCCUUCUUGCCGUCGUCUGCUUCAUGGGUGGUCCUAUAGUGAACAAGAUUGGUGUUAAAUGGGCCCUGGUGAUCGGUGCAAUGUCCUUUCCCAUCCAAGGGUCUGCAUACUACUGCAAUAGCAAGUUCGGAAAUCAAUGGUAUCUCAUUUUGAGUGGUGCUAUUAGUGGUAUAGGUACUGCUUGCUGGUACGUCGCUGAAGCCGGAGCCAUCAUGACACUCGCUCCGUCCGGUGCGCGUGGCAAAUAUCUAGCUUUGUGGAUCGUGUCACGAAACCUGGGACAGCUGGUUGGAGGAGCAAUCAACUUGUCGAAAAAUCACAAUGAAGGGGAUAGUGGUGGCAUCACGCCCAAUACUUACUUGGCUUUCGUCAUCAUUGAGUCUCUUGCUCUACCAUUCGCGUUGUUGAUAUUACCUUAUCAACACGUUGUUCGGUCCGAUGGCACUAAAAUUAUCACUGCGGAGACCCUGUCCACCAAGCAGGAGUUCAAGCGCAUUUGGAAAACCAUCACUUCCAAGCUGAUUAUGCUUUCUGCACUCUGGGCCCUAUGGUCAUUUUUCUACAGUGGUACCUGGUCCACCUACUUGGGAACAUAUUUCUCUGUCCGUGCUCGCGCCCUCUCCUCCCUCAUCUCGCCUUUCUUUUGCAUCGUCGGCUGCUUCGGCCUUGGAUUCAUCCUCGAUAUGAAGAAUGUUAGCCAACGUCGACGCGCUCAGAUCGGUCUUUACACCGUCGUAAUUCUCAACGUCGGUGUAUAUACCUGGUCUAUCAUCAUGCAAAAGAAGUUCGACCGCAAUGACCCUGGCAAUAUCGAUUGGAGCGACGGUCUAUACCCUUCAGCUUUCCUGCCAUACUUUUUUGUGCAAACUACCGGUCCCUUGUCACAAUCCUAUAUGUAUUGGCUUAUUUCAUCUUUUGCGACCGAUGCACAAGAAAAUGUUCGCAAUGGCGCUGCAUUCAGAUGCGUCGAAGCUGUUGGUCAAGCUAUUGCCUAUAGCAUGAAUACUCAAACGAGUAACAUUCUCGUUGGAUUCGCUGUGACGUUUGGCCUACUUGGGGCUGCUUUGCUCCCCAUGCAUAUACUCGUGAACACCACACCAGACCGCAUCCCUGCUGAUGUGGUUGCCGAGCAGCAAGCGGUUAACGAGAAGGUUGAGGUCUAA